AUUCCAUCCUUAGUGGCUGAUUGCAAUGAAAAAGUGGAUUCAGGUAUGUCGAAUCCGAAUCAAUUUGCCUAUUUCAUAGCAAUCAUCCAGAGGCGUAGAGAAAGUUAAAAGAAGACAAUACACUUCACGGUUCACAACAUCACAUACAACAAGCUCAACCCAACCUCAGCCCCCUCUUCUCUUCUUUCACACCCAACAGAGCUGAAAGUAAGUAGUAGCUCAAGAAAUCGUGUGCCUCUAAGAUGGAUUCCGACUACGAGUGGCCGAUCAGCAGAACCCAUGAACGACCAGGAACGAGAAAAAAGAAGGAAAUAGGUAUACCCACUCGGGCACGCAUCAAUGACUAUGUAAGAGACGCAAUCAAUCUGCUAGAAGUGAAAGGUUACAAUGAAAUUGUCCUUACAGCCAUGGGAAGAGCUGUCAGGAAAGCCUUGAAGGUCUCUGAAUCGGUCAAGACAAUUAUUUCUGGUCUCCAUGAGAGAACAGACACGGAUAACACUUGUCCUGUUCCGAAUAUCACCAUCACUUUGUCCAAGAAGGGUAUGAAUGAUACAGAGAAAGAUUCUGACUACGAGUCGCUGAGCAACAGAAGCCAUGGAAGAGCAGGAACGAGGAAAGAGAUAGAAAUAGGAAUACCCAUUGAGGCAUGUAUCAGUGAUUUUGUUAGAUACGUAAUCGGUCUGCUAGAAGAGAAGGGUUAUGAUGAAAUUGUCCUUAAAGCCACGGGAAGAGCUGUCCAGAACGCCUCGGAGAUCGCUAAAUCAGUCAAGAGAAGUAUUGAGGGUCUCUAUGAGAGCAGAUACAUGGAUCCUGUUUCGAUCGCCAUCAUUUUGUCCAAGACGGGCUCGAAUGUCACGAAGUUGGAUUACUACGAGUGGCAGAGCAAGAACAACCGAACCCGAAGAGCAGGUACGAGAAAAGAGAACGAGAUAGGGAUACCCAGUCGGGCAUGUAUCAGUGACUAUGUCAUAGAGGUAGUCGAUCUGCUAGAGGAGACGGGUUACAAUGAAAUUGUCCUUAAAGCCAUGGGAAGAGCAGUCAAGAAAGCGUUGAAGAUCGCUGAAUUGGUAAAGAGAAGUAUUUCUGGUCUCCAUGAAAGCGCAGACAUUGACCCUGCUUGCCCUUUUUCGAAUAUCACCAUCACUUUGUCCAAGAAGGGUUUGAAUGCAUCCUCUACCUCUAGAGGAGACCAAUGCAGUGGGUCUGGUAACAUCAUCAAAGUAAAGAAAGAGGGAUCAAUGUUUUGUGCAAAGAGCAAUGCCUCAUUAAAGGAGAUAGAAGAAGUGGAGGAUUGCUUCAUCUUGGAAUUCAAUCCAUUUGAACCGAUUGAUCCUUCCGAAGAGCUCUCCCAGAGUGACUACCACACAGCCAGUGAAGAGCUAGACCUAUCUGCCAUUGCUGAACGAGGGCAGGUAAUGGAUAGAGAAAACGAAAAGAAAGAGGGAUCAUUGUUUUGUCUCAAGAACAAUGCCUCGAUGAAAGAGAUAGAAGAAGUAGAGGAUUGCUUCAUCUUGGAAUUCAAUCCAUUUGAAACGAUUGAUCCUUCGGAAAAGCUCUCCCAGAAUAACCACCUCACGGCCAGUGAUGAACGAGACCUAUCUGUCAUUGCUGAACGAGGGCAGGUAGCUUGUCGAGACUAUCCACAUUCAAGGCAUCAUUGUGUUAAAUUUCCCUUUGACAAGACUUCUCAUGAGAGCUACUGUGAACGGGAAAAUUGGGUUGGUGUGCAAUCGAUGAUACCAUGUGCAGGUUCAAAACGAGUCUAUGCAAGAGCAAGGACUAGGAAAUGCACCUGUGCACUCAAAGCUGAACUAGAAAGGCAAUUAAUUGGUUUAGCGUGGAGAAGACUAUGAAGGGUGGGACUGGGGUUUAAUCUCGCUGUUACAUAGAAUGGAAAUCUUCUUCUUAGCAAAAAAAAAAAAAAAAUAUGUGCAAUGUGUGGAUUUAGUUCUGACCACCAUGGUGUGUCAGACUCCUCAUUGUAUCACAGGUUCAGGGUUUAGGGUUUCACUUAAUUAUAUUUUGCAAUCUGUGCAGCACAUAACUUCUGAUGCUCCAUGAGAUAUUGCAGUCUUCAAAGCAAGAUGCAUAGCUAUAUGCUUCACCUACCCUUAUACAGUUUUUCCAGUGGAAAUGCACCAGAAAAAGAGAGUUUUCUAAGAAAAAGCUGACCGAGAGCCUCACUUUCUCCUGAAUUUUACUGUGCAAUGGAAAAAAGAGCUCCACAUUCCUAGAUAGAGAUCCCAAAAGUAAGCCCAAGAGGAAAAAUUAGAAUUUUCUGGCAUGGAAGACGAGCAGGAUUGAUCACCACUAUACAGCUAUACCUCAACCACCUUUUUGCUUAAUGCAUUUUUAAAUGUCUGAAGUCUCUCGUCCAAAAUUGAGCAUAGUAGUAUACAUAUUAAUGUCAAAUAUAAUAAAAGCUUUCCACAGUUGCGAAAUUAGCUUAAACCUUUUGGGUAGCAAAUCAACGUUAAUUCUUAACUCUUAAGAAACCAGUACUUAUGAACUGUUCUAUUUUUGUACCAAAAAAAAAAAUUUGAACUGUUCUAUUUUUGUUUUCCUUUUCUCAAAGCUAAUUGCAAUUUGCAUUGCUAUUUCUCCCUAUGUUAACAGUGAAUUGGUAGGACCAUGCUUCUGCUGGACUGGAGUUGUUGAUAAAUGAACUGAGUGAGGAGUAUAAUCAGAUUAUUUUAAAAGAACAUAAUUUGCUACUUUUCUUUGGAUACUUUCUUGGAAAUUAAUUUAUUAUGUAUCACUUGCUUC